AUGAUUGGUUCCUGGACCGUCACCAACUCGGCACCCGCUACUACGGCUACUACUGCAACGGCUGAAGAACUUAAGGAGCAUCACCUUAAGGUUCAACGGGCCCAGGGUAUCAUCAUGAUGAAGGUCGAUCGUUCACUCCAUCGUCUCCUCGAAGAUGAUGCUGGCAAUCCCAAGCAACCGCAUGCGAUGUGGAAGGCUCUCAAGGACACCUUUGGCACUCCUGACGCCGCUGCUGUCUGGUACAAGUUUGAAGGCCUUAUCGCUUCGGAUCGCAUGAAUGACCAGAAGCCCAUCCAGCACCAGUUCGACCAACUCGUCACUCGUCUCAAGGAGAUUAAGGAUAGCGGCCUUGCACUCCCUGAGAACCUUCAGGCGAUGCUU